CGAGUGCCUUCUAGGCAAGACCAAAUCUUUCUUCACAGUCAUAGAUUUUAUCCAUUAGCAAUUUAAAUAUUAUUUUGAAAAAAUGAUGGAGAGAGAGAAACAGUAAAAAAAGACAGUUGUAUAUAAGGAACUUGACCCGCAUCCAAUGAAGUGCUGUAAAAAGUUGUAGAAACUAGAAAGGCGGUUCAUUUGUUUCCUUGUUGAGAACAUCCGUUACUUCAAUCUUAAUUUACUGCUCUAGCGCAAAUCAGGGCUUCAUUUGAAGGUCUUGGACUUGGGUAUUAUAUUCAGUGAGAAGAAUCAAUUAUGGCAUUGGGCAAAAAAUGUGGAAGUUAUGGGUCAGGGCUAGUGAGAAGUACCUCAUUUGGGAGGAAAAGAAUUACAGUGGAUGUUGAUUUUAGUCCCACAACACCUAUGAAGAAAGUGUGCAGUCACAAUUCAUUUUUUAACUAUGAUAAGUCUCCUCUUGAAGACUUGCCUCAAGAUAUUUUGAUAAAGGUAGUGUGUGGAGUUGAACAUGAUGAUUUAAAGAGGCUGUUUCAUGUAUCAAGGGCAAUCCGAGAAGCCACUAUAAUUGCAAAAAGGUUGCACUUUGAGUAUGCAACACCAAGGAAGACUAUUGGCUUCAAGAAUGCAUUCAAGGAUUUGGGUGAAUUCAAUGAUGUUGAAGCUCCAAAUGCUCCGAGGCAAUUGAAAGUUCGAAAAUUAAAGCUAAGCAGAAAGAAAUUGGCUGACAUUUCUGUUACCUUAUUUGCAUCAGAAGAAGAAGAUGAUGAUAAUAUGCAGAUGGAUUCUGAGUUAUAGAAGUGUAACUACUGUUGUACAAGUCAUAGGUUUUUUGGGCUGGAUCUGAUUAAUUACAUUAAUCAGUAGAUUUAAUAGUCUCUAGUGUUCUUCAAUCCUUUCAUUGAAGAUGAAUGGGGCUUGUUUAUUGUACAUGUAGAGAGAUGGAGAGUUGAUUUUAGGGAUUUUGUUUGAAGGGCUUUUUUUGGCGCCUUCUGAUUUCAUAAAAAUGUAGGCUGUACAUAGCAAGGACCCGUGCAUUGUUGUGGUACUAUUUAGUAAAUUAAAUGAGAGUUAUCUUCCACUUUCAAUGAUGACUUGUUAAUUG